AUGUCCACCGAUCUAACAAUGCAGACAUACCUAGACGUCGAUGAUUGUGUUGAUGUUGAUGACAAUCAUACGGAUCAGAGCCGGCGCAACCCUGGCGGAUUCGUCGUCCCUGUAGCAGUCUUGCAAUUCACCGGCAGGCAGGAUUGUAUACACGUGUUCUCGACUGCGCCCGCUUUCUCCCGUCACGACAUCACCGACACGGGAAUUUGCAUCGAGAGCUAUUUUAUCCAUCGACAUCGAGAGCUACUUUAUCCAUCGACAUCGAGAGCUGCUUUAUCCAUCGACAUCGAGAGAUGCUUUAUCCAUCGACAUCGAGAGAUGCUUUAUCCAUCGACAUGGAGAGAUGCUUUGUCCAUCAGCGUCGAGAGGUUCUUUGUCCAUCAACAUGCAGUCGACGCUCGCUACGAUGACACGAGCUCUACCCCGUCCUCUUCACCUGAGGAUGCCCUUCACAGCGACAACCGACGGCGACGUCGACGUCCGAUGGCCACAUGGACGAGGCCGCCCAGUUCACUCGGCCUCGGCCCCCAGAGACUACGCAACGUAGCCGCAACGUUGACGAGGGUCACCAACACUGCAGGCCAUGACCCCAACAAGCAGAGAGAUGGCUUCCGGUCGCCCAACACCAAGUAUGCCAACAACCGGCAGACGUCGCUAUGCGUAGCUGAGGAUGCAUCGCCAGCCAGGAAUUUUCGGCCGGCAGCUAGGAAUGCUCCGAUCAUCGGGUUCGGAUGUUGCAACAGCGCCGACGAUGCAGCCCGAUUAGCCGAGGGCGACCACUCGCGACUCGCGGCCGCUUGA